GAAGUACAAGUGGGAAGAAACAGAGCAGCCGCAGAAAUUCUGAAGUUGCUGAACUGGACUCUCAUCUACUCUGGAGGUGCACGCGGUGAGAGGCGGCGGGCUGGUCUGGGCGUUCUCUUAGCUCCCCAGCUCAGCGCCUUCAGAAAUUGGCGUCUACGAACAGGAUCCCGCUGCAGGUCGUCUGGACGGUGUGAUCAGGGACGGCGGUCCUGAGGACUAGGGUCGCUCAGCCUCCAAACCUCUACAGCUGUUCUGAGUGGGAGGACUGCUCACCCGUCUGGAUCGCCUCUGACGAGAUCCAACAAACUCAAAAUCCAACGAACACAAAAUCCAACCUCUACUCGGCCCGGUGAGAGAGAUUCCGUUUUGUUGCGACUUGUUGAAGAGAAAAAAAAAAAAGAGAAACGGGUUUGAAAUUGGUUUCAGUUAUUCGGGGUUUACUUGGCUCUGAUCAUUUGGUUUAGGGAAAGUAAGGCAAAUAACAAUUAAUUCUAAGCAUCCCCUACUAGACUAAAACAAACAACGACAAAAGAAAAAUAUAACUAGGACUAGAGAUAAUAAUAUUUCUAAAACGACUAUUUGGCUGAAAACAUCCAAAAAUAAUAUAUAUAUAUUUUUAAUUUUAAAUUUAAUAUUCGGGUAAAAUUAAUUUGGUCAAAGUCUGCCCUGGUGGCCGAGACGGUGGUUGCUAAGGGUUGGCUCGUGGGACCGAGCUUGUUUUGUCUGUACUGAGGAUACAGACCAGUGUGCAGAUCUGAGCGCAGUCCAAAGGGAGUGGACAAGAAAUAAAAGACGGCUUCUGAAAUACGGAGCGCGUUUGCAGGGGGUAGUGGUUUUGAGAUACGAGGGACCCGGGUCUUAGAGGGGCCUGACGGUGAGGGACCAUUUCCGAGAACCCUGUCGCUGAUCUGAGCGGUUCCCUUUCUACGGAGACGUCCGUGGAAGAGAAAUUUUGGAAAAGGUUCCGGCCGGAACACAUAAAAAUCUAAGGCAGGAAACCGCCGGGACUCUGAAAGAUGGGUUCGGGGCGAUCUAAGUCUCCACCACCAGACUGCAGCAUUACAAAAUUAAUGAGACGUAAAUAUGGUGAUGAGUGCGUGUCAUGUCUUCACGACUGGACAAAACAUUAUGGGUUUCAAGAAGGUGGAUCACUCAGUGUGAAGGACAUACGCGCUUUAAAAGAAAAAUUAGAAGAGAAGGAGAAACAGCUCCGUAAAAGUAGAACGAUCAAAGUUAAAACCUUAGAAGAAAUUGAAUUAAACAACAGAUGCCUUGAGAUUUGGGUUAAAGAAUCAGAACGCAGGGAAAGACUGAAAUGCCAAAAAGAGUUAGGAGGGAGAAAGGACGAGAGUGGUGACGUAGCUGGCAGAAAAGAUAACAACUCUGUGGAAGCUCGCACACUGCCACUAUACACACAUACACACACACAGCAUGAUGAGAAACAGAGCGCUCCCACUGUUUCUGCUUUGUAUCCUUUUGCAGAGCUGAGCGCGGUCAAGGUGAAUCCCGACCUGGACUCCUUCUACGUCAGCAGGAGGGCCGGGCAGGGUGGACAGCAGGACCAACAGCCUGAUCCACAGCAACAGCCUGCCCCGUAUCAACAACCUGCCCCACUGCAGCAGCCUGGCCCACACCAACAGCCUGGCCAACCUCUGUUAGCAGGAGCUGCAACAUCGGCUGCAGAGCAGUCAGAGCAUGUGGAGGACAGUGUAAAUGCCACACCAACUCCUGGAAUGGAUGUAGAGACGUUCUGGGCCAAUUCACCUGUCGGCUUCAUUCCUACAUCAUCCACUGCCACAGACUCUGCCCAUGCACCAACUGCCACUACGAGUGCUGCCUCUGCAACUACCAGCGUUCGUACCCUGAGGAGCAACACACCAGUAGCUCCAGAAAUCAGCUUGCCCAUGGUGGAAGUGGCCGGCCCUGAAGGAAGCAUGUUAGUGCACAGACCAUGGACUAGCGCUGACAUAGCUGACUUUGCUCAAAAUCUCCCAGACAUCACUGUAUCAGGAAAGACAUUCGGUGCCAACCGUCUGGCUUUCUGCCAGGAGUACAGACCCACUGGAGCUGAGAUCCGUCGCAUCCUGGCCAAACGUCUUGCACCUUGUGAAUACCAAAAGCUGGCUAGACAAUUGCCUGAUGUGACACUGGCUCUCAAACACAAAGACUGGACAAACAACUUAAAUGAUGGAUUCGUUACCGCAGUGAGGACGCUUGUUGCCCACUUUGAAACUGCGUUCCCUGAUAAAGUCUGUAUGAUUAAAGUCACCACAUGCAAACAACAACCAGAAGAAUCAGUUGAUGACUUUGUUCACCGCCUCACCACUACAUACAACACACACGGAGGAGUUCAUCCUCCCCCUGAAAGAGUGGGAGGACUCAUCUGUUCAACAUACGAGAGUCACCUGUGUGAACUGCUGAUGAAAGGCUUACUCCCUGAAGUUUUUGACGCCGUGAAGCAGUCAUACAUUGGAUGGAAAGAAGAAGCGCGUCUGUCUGACCUCACAAGACACGCACGCCAUGCUUAUGACACUCUCCAGAAGAAGAAGAUGGCGAAGAAGGAAAAACAACAGAGCGAAUUGUAUCUGCCAUCCUUGGAGAUGUUCUCUGCGAUGCAUAACAACAACAGAGGAGCGGGCAGGUUUCGCGGGCGAGGACGAGGAAGAGACUUCAGACGGAAUUGGCACAACAGAGACACAGGGGGCGCAUCUGGAGAUCCAGGAAACGCUUGCCACAUCUACGGCGAGAUGGGACACUGGAGGAAGUACUGCCCCCGGCUACGUCAGGUUCCACCCUCCUGGGCACUCUCGUCAGACUGACUAGAGAAGGAGCCCAGCGAAGGUUUCCGUUCACAUGAUGAUGUAGACGGUACCGCACAGACACACACACACACUCGCUCACACUUGAUACAUGCUCAAUAGAUUCAAAUUCAUGCUUGCCUGCUUCCAAUGAAGACUUGCUUUCUGCUCAAAAUAUCCCACAGAGUGAUUUUGAAAAGAAUAACAAACAGCUAAAUGACAACUGCUGCAUGACUUUACAGUCAAAUGGUUUCAAACAAUUUCCUGAGUUUGCUCUGACGGUUCAAGGUGAACGUAUGAUGUUUUUAGUAGACUCAGGAGCAACAAAUUCGGUAAUAAAAUCUUCCAUGUUUUCCAAUCCACCUAAAAUGAGUGGACGAUUUGUGCACACUAUAGGUUCGUCUGGCCAGACAAUAAAAGAAAAACUUACUGUGCCUCUGUCUUGCACAACAUCAGACGGCAAGACACAGACGA